AUGCCCUUUGCACCCUACCAGUGGCGUGCAGGCACAGGUUACAUCCCUCCCAAGGACUCAGUGCCAAUGCCAAUCGCUCCCAUGUACCAGACCUAUGCGGGUCCACCCACUGCAAGCCCUACCUACGCUCACUGGAUCGUGCAGGCUCCUGGGCAACAAGCCGUUGUUGCCGCUGAACCACCAGCUCCAGCUCCAGUCCCCAAGAAGAAAAAGAAAUCCACUCCACCGCCACCUCCGCCUCCACCACCUCCUCCGCCGCCGGCUGCGUUGACUGUGGUAUCUGAAGCAAGCUCGGCCCCCAAGACCAUCGUCAAAGGAAGCGGAUGGCGUAUGGUAGGCAAAUCAGCCGGCAUGAUCACCGUCGAGAUCCCACCUCCACCACCACCCCAAUCCGAAGCACCGCAGAAGGAGAAGGCGAAGAAGGUCGUCGUCGAACAACAGCAGCCGAAGAAGACGAAGAAGAGGAUCGUGUGCAUCCCGCCUCCUCCUCCUCCGCCAUCCUGCUCCAUCUCCCCUAGCGACUCCGUCUCGGCCCACUCCACCACCGGCAGCGGCACCAGUCUCGGCAGCGCAAGCAAAAAGUCUGGAAAAUCCAAAAGCUGCCCGAACACUGCCACUACUACUACUACUACCACUAGGACGGAAAUCACCAUUAGCAGUAGCAAAAGGGGUAAAUUGUCCCGACUCAAUGUGUUGAGUCUUCGUGGAGGAGACGCGACAGUCGUUGCCGGAGGAGCAGAAGACACGGAGACGACGUGUCCGACGGUGUUGCCCGGUGUAAACUACAUGUUCCCCCGCAAGAGGGAACAUACAAUUCUUCACAUUUUCAACAAGGCUGCGCCGGUCUGGGAGGAAAAGUAUCAGGGACAGGCUAUGGCGUUCAAGAUGUUCAAGGUCACGACGAAGUUUACGGUCAAGGACGUCAUCGAAAGAGUAUUGAAGAAAGAAGGAGGCGAGGCGUGUGAUGGAUGGGGUGCCACAGAGUGUCAUGAGCAAGGGGAAGGAUGUUGGAAGAAGGGCACUACAAUCCCUUACAAUAGCGACAAAGCUGCAGGUUCGUUGAGCAGCAUGGGUUGGGAUGCCAAACGUGGCAAGGAGAGAGGACCUGUCUGGUUGGUGGUGCACAAGGUCUAG